GGAGUUGAAGAAUGCAGUUAUUGAAGGAGGAGUCGCUUUCAAUAGGGCUCAUGGUGGAGUACAUGCCUUUGAGUACCCUGACUUUGAUACAAGAUUUAACAAAGUUUUCAACACUGCAAUGCUGAAUGAAACCACAAUGGGCAUUAAGAAGAUUGUUGAGUCCUACAAAGGCUUUGCAAAUCUCAAACAACUAGUUGAUGUUGGUGGUGGCCUAGGGGUCACUCUCCAAAUCAUCACUUCUAAAUACCCUUCGAUAGAAGGCAUCAACUUCAUCCGUGAUGCCCCGGCCUAUCCUGGCGUAGAACAUGUAGGAGGAGACAUGUUUGAGAGCGUUCCAAGGGGAGGGCUAUUUUCUUGAAGGUUAGAUUUAUCGGUCUUA